AUGCUCAUCCUCUCGAUCCUCCCUCUCUCAGGAAACGGGAACAACUGGUUCCCGUUCUCCGGCACGCUCGGCCUGACAGACAUCAUCGUCAAAGGCAAGGUCGUCGCGAGCUACGACGAGCGAGCAUCGGGAAAACCGCCCGACGUCUCGUCUGUCGUCGUUCGCCUCGUUCGCGUCGAGACGUGCGCGGGCAAGACGGCGAGGCAGGUCGUCACUGAGGGAACGGUGUGGGAGGCACGGAAGGGCGUCGAGGCGGAGCAGUUGCCGCUCGAGGACCACAGAUUCUGCCUCACGAUGCCGAAGGAGACGCCGGGGCUGUCGAUGAUGAAGAUUGCGCGAGGGCCGACGGUCGCUUGGCAUGUCGAGGCUCGCGCCUUCCUUCCCGCCGGCAAAACCGUCUCCGCCAAGUCUCGCGAAAUGCUCCUCCUGCGACACUCGACCGUCUCUCUCGACCCCUCCUCUACGAAUUCGCUCCACUGGAGUUCCUCAACCGACUUUGACCAUGUCCCUCCCUUUGACUACUCGAUUCGGGUCUUGAACCAACCACUCGGCGGGAAGAGCCCUCUCGUUGCUGAACUCGAGCUGAAACCACCUCGAGAUGGGGCAGUACAGCUCAAGCAUGUCGAGUUGCGGUUACAGCGCAGGGUGACAGCGGUAGGGACGGGAAAGGUGUUGAUUACGGACGACGUCGACUUCCAGGAGACGGACGACUCGAUAGCUGUCAGUCGAGCCGUGCCGCGCAAGGCGAGCUCCACCCGCUCGUCUUCCGUCCCUCGACAACCCCUCAUCCAGUCUCCGCCAUCGACAACCAGCCUCGACACCUUCUACCACCACCGUCUUCACCGGACACCUUCCCCUCCGACCGACCUUCCCCGCCUCACAAAAGCCAACUUUCCGCUCCUCCUCUCGUCUGCAUCGACGAUGGCGCAGAGGGGCACGCUCGAGUGGCGGAUACCGCAUCGCGGACCGUAUGGCUGGGCGGUAGGCGAGAGUGGGGCGUCUGCGCUCUUCAAGAUUGACUUUGCGCUCACCGGCAAGAUCACGUACAAGUCUGGCCGCAUCGGCGAGAAGACGAUCCAGCUCCGCCCUUACCCCGUCCACGUCUGCUGCCAGACUCCCGCUCCGCCCUUCUUCUCCCCCUUACCCUCUCACCUCUCGCCAUCCCGCACCGCGACGACUCUCGGCGGCCGUCGCAGCUCCGACUUUGCCCUCAGCCUCUCGUUCGACCGAUCCAUUCCCAGCGGUCCUGCGAAACCUCCCCUUCCUUCGCCUUCAGCCACGACCGAGCGACGCCUUUCCGCCGCCCACCUCCCUCUCCUUGCUCAGACCGUCUCCCUACCCCCUCCACCUCGCCCCUCCUCCGGCCGCCGCAUGUCAGAACAGUCGGAAGCGCUCGAUGCGCCCGCGCGAACACGGCUACGGCGAGAAGCUCCCGCCCCUCUGCCCAUACGAAAUGCGACGAUCCCCUCGCCCUUGUCUGGGUCGAGCACGUCGCGCGUCUCGCGGUCGAGUACGAUCGAUUCGCUCGGACCCGAGACGCCAACGACCGCCGAGUUCCUCGCCUCCGCUACUGCGCCAACACACCUCUCACCCAAACUACCCUCCGCCUCGCACUCGACACACGUCGUUCGUCAUGUCGGACGAUCACCGCGGUCGUCCCUGCGCAAUCGACCUCGCAGCUCCGGCUCGCAGCGAUCGUCCAUCAACGACGGCGCUCGAAGCACGUCGAACUUGUCGAUCUCGUCGCUGGCGUCCGUGGCAAGCUUCCAGAGUGACCAGCGGAGUCUGACGGAAUAUGGCGGGUCCGCCACCGCUGGCGCCAGUCCGCUGCUCGCAUCGGCAGAUGGCAUGCUCGGCUUGACGCUGGGCGAGGCGGCUGCAGAGCCGACGAGCUCUUCGUCGUUCGCUUUCUUCGACGGCGCGGCGCCGUCGAGCAGCCCUCACAGUCGGCCAUUCCAGGGCGCACCGAGUCCACCGCCUUCCGAACCGCCCUCGCCUGUCCCGCACGUCGCCAUCGCCGACCUCUCUGCCUUCCGCGACCCCUUUUCCGACUCGAUCUACACAAAGCAGAGCAAGGGCGUGACCGAGUCCGCUGUCGACGCCGAGAUGUACAUCUCGCCUCGCUCCGGCAGCUCUCUCGACUCUACGUCCACUCGAAGAGCGUCCUUUAACGACGCAGCAGGUGCAGCCGCGUUCGUACCUGCUUCGCCACACUCGCUCAGCCCGCCUCCAUCGCUUCAACCCCCGGAUUCGCCUCGCUUGAAGCAACCGAAUGUCAUCCUCACCAUCUCGACCGAUUCGGGCGGCAGCUCGCGGCGGUCCAGCGUUCACGGCGGCAUGAGCGCACCGACGUCGUCGUCUCGCAAAGGCAGCGUCGGGACUCUCUUGACGAAUCUCUUCAGUCGGCGAGGCUCGAAGGCGCAGUGA